AGAGGGAGAAACGUUGGUUCAUAGAAUCACCUCUCUCUCUCUCUCUCUCUCUCUCUGUGUGUGUGUGUCUGUCUACUCUAUAAAUAGGGAAUAUGUGAUUUCCAAAUUUCCAUGCACUAAAAAUUUCUCCUUCCCACUUCACUCAUCAAAAGACUAUUUCUCCUCUGUUUCCAUCUCUCCCUCCUCCCUUUUUUUUUUAUCAUUCUCGAGAAAAAGAAAAAAAGAACAGAAAAUUAGACCAAACCUUCGGAGUCCAACGUUAACAAAUCUUCAUGGCGUUUGAAACAGAGAUUAAAUAUGAAGAGGAAUACGUAUUGAACUCUCGAGACAUGAAGCUUUUUGCAUGCCAAUGGCUUCCGGUUAAUGAAAGUCCAAAAGCGUUAAUCUUCAUCUGCCAUGGGUAUGCCAUGGAAUGCAGCAUCACCAUGAAGAGCACAGCAAUAAGGCUUGCAAAAGCGGGUUUUGGUGUGUAUGGAAUUGACUAUGAAGGGCAUGGAAAAUCAGAUGGGCUUCCUGGUCUUGUUAAGAAUUUUGAUGAUGUUAUCGAUGAUUGCUCAAACCAUUUCACUUCCAUUUGUGAAAAGGCAGAGAACAAGAAAAAGAUGAGGUACUUGUUGGGGGAAUCCAUGGGAGGAGCUGUGGCCCUGCUUUUGCACUGGAAAAGGCCAGAUUUCUGGGAUGGGGCAAUUUUGGUGGCACCCAUGUGCAAGAUUGCAGAUGAAAUGAAACCCAACACAAUAGUGAUUGGUAUAUUAAGUGCACUAAGCAAAUUUAUUCCCUCAUGGAGAUUAGUUCCAACCAAUGAUGUCAUUGAUGCCGCCUUUAAACUCCCUGAAGUCAGAGAAGAGAUUAGAGCCAACGAAUAUUGCUACAAAGGAAAGCCUCGGUUGAGAACAGGCUACGAACUUUACAGGGUCAGUACAGAUAUUGAGCAAAGAUUACACGAGGUGUCACUACCUUUUCUGCUUUUGCAUGGUGAGGAAGAUAAAGUGACAGACAAAUCAGUUAGCAAACAACUAUGUGAUGUGGCAGCAAGCUCGGAUAAGACACUGAAGUUGUACCCAGAAAUGUGGCAUGGUCUAUUGUAUGGGGAGCCACCAGAAAAUUUGAACAUUGUAUUUUCAGAUAUUAUUAAUUGGGUAGAGGAGAGAUCUCAAUAUGGAAAUUCAAGAGUGGAGAGAGAGCUGAAAGAACAAAAUGAAUGUUUGGUGAAAGUCUAAAUUGGGUCCCUAACUAUUUGUUUUGUACCAAAGAAUUUGUCUUCCUUGGAGCUAAAGUUUGUUGUUGUUCGGUAAGAUGCUUGGAAAACAAACGGAGGCAAUGCAAUAGGGAUUGCGGGCACUGUUGUCGUGUAAUCUCUUGUAUGUCCCGAAUCCCCAUUUGGGUGUGCUUCCAAGUUCUGAAGAAAUAACUAAAUGUAUUUUUUUCUCUAUGCCCAUUAAAGCCCCUGUAAAGUUGAAAUUAAUUUAUAAAGGAGCUCCUGGUUUGGUU